UCUACAGUUAAACCCCCUGGCUGUAUGCUUCUCUGUCACAACAAAAUAGUGAGCAACCAGCAAAAAAAAAAUCGGACCAGCGUUAUCAGUGACAUAGAACAUAGGCUAGUCGCCUCACAACAAUAGCUAUAUUGGCUUUGAGAGAAGAAUCACCUUUUCACAACAAUCAAAUUGGUUAUCCGAAGUCCAAUAUGCACGGUCUAUCUGUGUUUAAACUGGUUUUGUAUCACAAAAUUGUUUUCGUAUUUUUUAAGAGGAUUUAGUAUAGCCUGCUUUAUUUAGUCUUGCAAUAUAGAAUUGCUAAUUACUAUUCGCCAGGGGCAGUUGACAUUUGUUUCUUGACCGAAAUUUGUUUAUUCUCCGUCCUUCUGCUACACAGAACCCUUGAUCCAUCCGCUAGAUGUGAUAUUGUUCCAAUCAGCCCAGUAUUGAGAACAAAAUAAUUGAACGAUAUACCUGUAUUCUGGUAAAUUCUCGAGAACUCACACGUCAUGCAUUUAUUCCAAUACAACGUGCGAACAAUUCUCAGCGCAUCCAAAGUUGCUCAAAUAUUUUGGAUUUAUAGUUUAUUUCAUAGACGUAGCUGCUGUACUUUCAAUUUUGUCGAAGGUCGAUCGCUCAUAGCUGUCACAUUACUGUCAUCACGAUGAACGAUGGUUCGAAUAAAAAACUGUAUAUAAAAGAGAUUGAUGACGAGAGCAAAAAGGGGGGACACGUCUUGAACAUGUUGAACAUUUAUGAAAAAAACGCAGGCAAAGGUAUCGCCGACGGUAAAAAAGAUAGCGAUAGGCUCAAUCAGAGAAGUAAUUCGCGGCCCCUGAAGCCUGACAAUAAUGCAGAGUCGUCUAAUACAAAGCCAGGCCAAGUCGGUUUUAAGUUGAGCCCUUCGAGGCAACCGCUCGAUAGUCAACUAGUCGCGUGUGAUGAUAAAUCUAAGGAUGAUUUGAUGCGGAAAUUGGAUAUGUACGCGGCCGACAAGAAACAUUUGCUUGGUUCUAAACCCCCGAGACCAGAAUAUCCACAUGCUACUUCGGCCAGAAACCUACACGCUAACAAACUGGCUACUGGUGAUUCGUCAAAGAAGAGUUAUAUGCAGAGAUCGCCAGUGGGCAGCAACCCGACAAGAGAAGAAAGUCCGCCAUUGCAUAAGCUGGGGAAAUCGCGAUUUGAACAUGAUGAGCAAGGCCAGGAUACCCUUCAUUCUCCUGUCUCGAGCAAACCCAACGUUCACGACAUUACAGAGGAUGCGUCUGCGAACAACAACAAGCAAGCUGUCAAAGAUACGACUUCUAAAACUCCCAUCUCCAAUAACGGCAAGAGGCGACAUAGUGUCGAGUUUCCUCCUAAGCCCACGAUAAGUAGACCACACCACAAACAGAGCGAUGGCUCCGCUACUAGCAACGCCGUAGCAGCUCAGUCGUCUGCUCUGGGUGUUUCCGCUAGCCAGGUAGACGCCUCCCAAUUGACAGUGUCCAACCUAAAUGAGACCAAUGCCUCUUUGAAGACCAAUUACAAGGAGAAGGGAACGUUCUGGCCAUGGAAGAAAAAGGCGAACUCUAAAAAAAUCCGCCAAAAGGGCUCUUCGGAUGUGGAAAUUUCUUUACCAUUCGACGUUAAGCAUGCCGUUCAUGUUGACAUUAGUACGGAGACAGGUCUUCGUGGUCUUCCGUCGGAGUGGGAGGCUUGGGUUCAAGCUGAUUUGGGCGAUCUUGGUAAAGUGACAAUUGCAGAAAACAAAGAGGCUGUUUUAGACGUUUUGCAGUUCCAAUCUGAUUAUCAGCGCCAGAAGAUCGAGAAGCGAGCAUUUCCAGAAACUGAGGAGCUAUGCAACGAACCGUACUUUUUAGGUGAGAUACUUGAAGAGGCAUCUGCUGCAUUGGAGCUCACGGAGGCAGGUUUGACUUUGCCUGAAGAACCCGACAUUAAUAAAUUGGUCAAUCAGUUGGAUGAUCCAAACAACAUUUAUUGUAAUAUAGAAAAAAUUGGUGAGGGCGCGACCGGUGAAGUGUUCGUGGCGUAUGAAGUGAAGACCAAUCGAUCCGUUGCGAUAAAGAAAGUGACAUACAAUCCGCAAAGUUUGAAGCUUAUAGCUAGUGAAAUUCAAAUUAUGAAAACAUCAAAGCAUCCCAACAUUAUUGAGUAUAUUGACAGUUACCUUGUAGACAAGGACUUGUGGGUAGCGAUGGAAUACAUGGAAAUGGGUUGCCUAACUUCAAUCAUUGGACAACGUGAAAACAAUGUAGUGAUGACAGAACCUCAGAUAGCUUUCGUUUGUAGAGAGACAUUGAAAGGGCUGAUGUAUGUGCAUUCAUUGAAGAGGAUUCAUCGAGACAUCAAAAGUGAUAACAUACUUAUAGGCGCCGAUGGAUCAGUUAAAAUAGCCGAUUUUGGAUACGCCGCUCAGCUGACUAAAGAGAGGAACAAACGUAAGACGAUUGUGGGUACGCCAUAUUGGAUGGCACCCGAACUCAUUCGAGGCAUGGACUAUGACCAAAAGGUUGAUAUUUGGUCUCUUGGCAUUAUGCUGAUGGAAAUGAUUGAGGGUGAUCCGCCCUAUCUAAACUUUCCUCCUCUUCGAGCGCUUUUUUUUAUAACUACCAAGGGAAUUCCUCCUCUCAAAGAGCCUCAAAAUCACAGCGAAGAACUGCGGUCCUUCAUAGAUGCCUGCUUACAAACGAACGUUGCGAACCGCCCGACAGCUAGAGAGUUGAUUAAUCAUCCUUUUAUCGUAAAGAAUGGGCCCUCUCUGGAUAAGAAAGUUUUAUCCCCUCUGAUUGAGGUUAUGAAGAGAUUAAAUAACAACCUUAACAUCUAGCGAUAAGAUAUCUAAAAGAGUAUGUCUUUGUUUCAUGUGCUUAAAUAUUUAUCUAAGUAGCUCUUGUGAGAGGUUGUACGAGAAGGGGGGUACAAACGCAUGUAUUGGGAGGUUCAUGGGUGUGUGUAUGCAACGGUAGCUUAUGCUUAUCGUUUUGGCGUAUUGAUUUUUACAGUUGUUUAUGCAUCGGUAGCUCUUUUGAACACCUUGCACUUAUUGGGUUUGAAAUCGAGUUCAGCUAAAUACGCUCAGGAUUUUUGCGAUAAGGGUCGGCUUAGUAAGUCGCCAAGUUUUCGAGUGCUUGCAGUUUCAGUUUUACAUGUGCAUCAUAUUGUGUUAAAGGCACGAGUGUUGCACCUGCUAGAUAGACUGCCGAUGGUGUUUGGGGUAUGUACGAAGGAUGGUAGCUGCGAUACGCAAGAAAAAUAAAAAUUGUUUUUUUUUUCACGUU